CAGGAGUCGGCGAUGUCGGCGGAAGUGCCUGGGGCGCGGAACAAGCAGGACGAGAACGGGCUCAUAGAGAACUAUCACGCUGAUAUCCAAGUUCAGCACCCUGACGAAGUAGAAGAUGAACCGAUCCGACGUGGAGGGGAAGAUGACAUGGGCAUUUGCGUCUCCGAGCAAGCUAAUGGUUCGAUAUCCGAGGUGCCGCUUGCUCGCGCUGUCAAGCCCCUAUCAACAACAAAGAAGACAGGCGGCUCGAAACUUGGUGGGAGCACUCAGAUCAAGCGCCACGAGAUCAUGCUGUCCGCUGUGCAGCAAUGUGGUGGCGUGUUUCCUGGGGACACAGAGAUGUGGUACGUUCUCGCAACAUCGUGGAAGAAGCUCUACGACCGGAUGCCCGAUAGGCAUUCUGUUGAGCGGGCAGUUGAGCAGCUCAUGUCAGAGAAGAAGCUCAAAAGAUUCAAAUUCGCAUUCAAGUCAAAAAGCAGCUCCGUCAUCACGAAACAAAUACUUGCGGAACCUUCAGUCAAGGCCGAUGACGAAAUUGUGACACAAUUGCGGAAGCAGAUGAUGAAGUCGUAUCCAUUGCAAUACCUCCCUAUGGAGGUCGAUAUUGAUGAUGAGCUGCGGGAAUCAGCAAGCUCCAAUAAAAGGGGUCGAAAGCCCAAGAUUGGCGAUCCUACGCCGUCAAAGCCUCGUGCUCAGGAGUACCCGCAGGACCCGGUGUUGAUAGUCCAGCAAACUGCAAUCGCUGCGGCGAAGGCUGAUCAAGAUGCUCAGAGCAAAGGCUUCGCGAACGCACAGGCGCUGCGACAGCACAUGCAGGAGCUGAAUGCUGAGGCGAAGAGCAAGUCCUGGCAGAAGCGGACAGACAGGCAACGCAAAGAGAGAGAGGAGACUGCUUCAAGGGAACCACAGGUUGCUACUGAUCUCGCCAACGUGCGAGCGGAAAUACUAGGCACGACUGUCCAUGAGAAACAGAAGCGUAGGCGCCGAAAGCGUGAUCCAGUCACAGGCGAGCUUCUUCCGUUGGCACCUCUGCCACAAAUAGAGCGAACACCGCAAAUUCGCCAAAGUCCCUUCGCAGCCACACUGGGCGCAUGCUCUGGCGACCAGCAGCUUGCAAUUCAGGGGUACGACCAUGGUGUCGCCCCGGAGCUACGCGAAGCAGAAGCCGAAGCUCCGAUGGCGAAAGGCGUCCGCUUCGAGAAAUCUGGGCCUGAGGCGAAAUCGAUGAAGCCGGUGCGCCAGACGAGAAGGCCUCUUGGGUCGAUUCGUGGUCCUGCGGCCGCCCCGAUCCGCCGAAGAUGGUGGGAAGAUGAGAAGCGCCUUCGCCAGGUCACUGCAGCUCAUCUCAUGUCUCCAGCUCAAAACUUCACACCGAGCAACGGUACAUUCGGCACUAGUGGGCGUGGCAUGGCACAUCAGGUGGCCCAUUGGCGAGCUGCACCUGGAACUCUGUCCCGGGAGGAGUACCAGAAGGAGACAGCACAAGCCAUUGCUCACAUCCAGCAGAUUCAACAGCAAGCAUUCGAUGCAACAACCGAAGUGCCACGUGAUAACGUUGGGGCGCCUGCACUUGAUUCCCGAGCAGGCUCGACAAUGGUCACAUUCAACAUCUCCCAGGAGCAGUUGAACGGGGUAGAAUCAUCUCAGCAUGGCCCAAUCUCCGCGGUGCUUGACGAGGACGAGGAUGCCUCCGUCUAUGAGGCGGCGGCGAGGCAAAGUUCCGUAGACAUGAGUCCGGAGCCAGAACCCGAGCCAGAACUUCCAAAGACGAGACGCAAGUAUACCUCACGAAAGAAGAAGCAGAUCGUCGAUGACGAGGCUGUUCGCGAAUCGGACAAUGAAUUUCUGCCUGGUGCGGCCUCGGAAUUUGUAGACGAACAAGCGAGCGGCAAAAUGCCCAAGUUGAAGGGCCCUGGAGUGCGCGGGGUCAGGAGAGCGUUCACAACCAGAGAUCGCCAGGCUGCCCAAGGCUUCAAGGACGUUAAUCGCCUUGUUGUCGCUAUUGCCUUGGUGAGUGCUAUUGCUGGUGGACUCAGCCAGGACAAGCUGAGCUGGAAUGUGAUUGCGCAUGCUCUGAGCUACCGUUACGAAGGCGAUUUUUUGCGCCGUCGAUGGGAACAUUAUCGUCGCAGCCGAAGAGGCGAUGUGGAGCGUAUUCGCGAUGCUAUUCGACCGCUCUUUUUGAAAGCGUAUGAGCGGGAUGAAUUGCCGAUUGUGAAUCUGCAAGCUUCCCAUGAGACAGACUGGCCGGCGCUUCACGAGUGGGUGAUGAAGACCGUUCCCAUGAAGAUGUCUGUGACGGUAGACGAUCGACCGGAUGUUCCCGAUCUUCCAGCGACCAAAGCCCUGCUUGAGGAGAAAUUCACCGUCAGCAUACGAAACCCAGUUUUCGAGUUGAACAGGGACGAUUACUAUACGACAAUUACCGACCAGAAUCGAAGGCACAUAGCGCAGCGCUUGACGCAUGGCGAAGUCCUGCCAGGCGAAGUCAAGCCCUGUGAGGACACGAACAAUGAGCUGUUACUGGCCAAAUCGUGGGUGCGAGCAGUGGCCAUGACAAAGCAGCACAAGUAUGUCGCCAAGUCUGCAGCUGAGAAGAUCAGCGUUCUUGGAAACAAGGUCCUCAAACGAGUCUCUAGCGAGAUGAUGGAGGCCAAGAUGUUCCUCCAGGACAAGAGAGGUAGACAAUUGCCCGGUCGUAACUUUCAGAUUCAUCACGAAGUCCUGGUACAGUUCCGAAGGUGGCCCGCCACGAGAGAUACAGACGAACAUCGCUAUUUGUGUGCCCUGGCGGAAUCGUGGACCAACAUCAACGACUACUUCCGGCAAGCCGAUGAGCUGGUCCUCACGCCCAUCACAUCCGACCAAGAUUACACGAUUCUGACGAAUCUGGUGGCCAGUGGCAUGGUGACCAUUGCUCCCGUGUUUCCCGAAAUCAAAUGGAACUUUGAUGCGCCUGCACCUCGACUAUCGCCAUGGGGAUACUCGGGUAAUAGUUACCAGACCAAGAAAGCCGACCAGAGCCAGCUAAAGUACGAUCUUGUCUACACCAAGACGUCGGCGUACCAGCAUGAGCAUGAACUCACCGCUGGUAUACCGAUCCCGUUGGUGCCACCCACGAUCGAAGGUGAGCCUGGACCCCGAAUCCCGUUCUGGGUCGACAUUCACGGCAACCUGAUUGACGAUAUCUGGGACAUGUGCUUCCGAUCCGUCUUGCACCUCAUCGUGUUUCGCUCCGGUAUGCGUGCGAUCACGAUGCAGCUGGCACACAGCCACAAACUAUGGCAGUGGGAAAUCGAAAUGAUAUUGGGUUGGAUGGAGCGAGUGGGAAUUGCGGUGAGACACGGUGAAGGCGAAGAGGUGAAUGGCAUAUGGAGUGGAGGCUGGGCUGCCGGGAAAUGGUGGUAUUGUGCUUUUUUGCCCGAGAUGAUCACAUGGGAAGCUCCGCUUGCCGGUGGUUUUGUAGAAAUAUCGUGAGGAAGCACUACUUUCGCUGUUUUGCGAAAAGC